UCUUCACUCUCUUUUCUCUCCACUGUUGGAACAAUACGAAAACAAAAUGGGGUUUGCAAAAAAUGCCUUGGGAGCCUUUCUUCUUCUUGUUUUGAUUUUGUCAGUAGCUCAUGGGGAUCCUCUUGUUCCUGCACUCUGCAUCUUUGGGGACUCUGUAGUUGAUGCAGGCAACAACAACAACCUUGCCACCCUUGUCAAGGCAAACUUCCCUCCUUAUGGAAGAGACUUUGUUACUCACAGGCCAACAGGAAGGUUCUGCAAUGGAAAGCUAGCCACAGACUUCACUGCCGAGUACCUCGGGUUCACUUCAUACCCGCCACCUUACCUUAGCCAGGAGGCACAGGGGAAGAACCUCUUGCAGGGAGCCAACUUUGCCUCAGCUUCUUCUGGUUAUUAUGACAGGACAGCACAGUUAUAUCGUGCUAUUUCAUUGACCCAGCAGGUAGAAUACUACAAGGAAUACCAAGCAAAAGUUGUAAGGCUGGUAGGAAAAGCUAGAGCUCAUGAUAUAUUCUCUGGCGGAAUCCACCUUCUGAGUGCUGGGAGUAGUGAUUUCGUUCAGAACUACUAUAUCAACCCCCUCCUUAACAGGGCCUACUCGGCCGAUCAAUUCUCAGAUAUUCUCAUGAAAUCCUACACUACUUUUGUUCAGAAUCUAUACGGUUUAGGGGUAAGGAAGAUUGGAGUGACAACCUUACCGCCAACUGGGUGUUUGCCUGCAGCUAUCACCCUCUUCAGCUCGGGGUCCAACCAGUGUGUUGCAAGGUUAAAUCAAGACGCCAUUAACUUCAACAGUAAGCUAAACAUCACAUCUCAAGUUUUGCAAGAUAAGCUUCCUGGUCUCAAACUUGUGGUCUUUGACAUCUAUCAGCCACUCCUGAAUCUGAUCACAAAGCCCACUGAUAAUGGGUUCUUUGAGUCAAGGAAGGCUUGCUGUGGUACAGGUACAAUAGAAACCUCCCUGCUUUGCAAUGCUAGGUCUGUUGGAACCUGCUCCAAUGCUUCACAGUAUGUGUUUUGGGACGGAUUCCAUCCCUCUGAAUCAGCUAACCAGUUGUUGGCUGGUAGCCUACUUGAGCAGGGAAUCAACCUCAUUGGUUAAAGCUAUACUCUUACCACUGUUAAAACUCUGCCAUUCCACUUCUGUAAUCUUCUUCUAUAAAUAUAGAUGAGAGUAGAGAUAUUUAUGUGGAUCUGGUAGUUUUAGUUUGAGUGUUUGGUUUUCUAAUGGUGUGAUACUUCUCAUUUCUAUCAUGGAAAUUUGUUCGUGUCAAUCCUUAUAUCAAUAAGAUGAUUACAGUUCCAUUA